AUGUCUUUUACAAAGGUCAUUACAAACGAAGGGAACGCGUUUGAUACAUCGACUGGCAAGUUCACGUGUCCUGUUAGUGGACUCUACUACUUUUCCUUACACAUCGUCAAAAGACGGUCGUCUAGUGUCGGCUAUGCUGGAUGUUACAUUCAUCUGAACGGAUCAAGUAAAGUGUUAGCUCACACAAAUCCACAGGACGGGUCAAAUGGUGCAGACAACGGAAGUUACAAAGCUUCGACGUCGGCGUAUUUAGAAUUGAAGGUUGGAGAUGUGGUGAUGUUAGAUAGUUGCAGCAUUGGUAUAUCCAACCGCGUAGAAUCAUGGACGUCGUUCAGUGGUCAUUUAGAAAACGGAGUUUAUUAA